UUGCAGUCACACUCUAACUUGAUUGGUAAGAAAUCAGAUCCUGAAGUUGCGUGAUGUGGAUGAAGUGCCGUGGAUGGGCUCGGUUUAAACCAAAUAUUCUGACACCAUAUUUCUUUAAACCGAUAGCAACCGGAUGGUGAGGUGCUUCAUAAGCCCUAGCAGGGUGGACGAGUUCAUUUUACUGACAUCCUCAUACUUUUUUAGAGGCCUGGAGAAAAACACAUAAGCUAACGAGAAGUAGCCACCAUGUCGUGGGGAGAAAUACCUUGUUUUCUGGCCUCGGCUCUGUGCUCGGCUCUAUCCCGUUUUUUCGCUGUCUGAUCCCACUGGACAUAACGAGCAGAGGUAACUUUCGCACUCAUUUGUCAAUGCAGCUAUCAGUUAGCUAACCUUCUAAAUUAGUCAACACCAACUGUUUUAUUCGAGCUCAACGUUACUAGCUUGCGAACCAUGGCGGACAGUUUUGGAGAGGAGUCCAGCGCCGGUGCCCUUGGCUUAGGCGUCACCGGACAGGGCAGCGGAGUUCCUCUGUUGCCGACUUUGGCCAACUCUCUACCGGUAGGACACUCGACAGCCAGCGGUGCUCACUCUAGCUCUAACCCGGCCUCCCCUCCUCCCGCCGCAGCCGCACAGAGUGGCCUUACCGCUGUGGUGCCUCCUAUGUCCGCUGUCACUGCUACCCCGGCCGGUUUUGGGAGCACAUUUACCCCCGGCUCCUCGCCACCCGUUGUGGCCGUGUCUCCGACCGUACACGCCUCCUCGCCUCUCCCCAGUGUAGGGCUAGGGGUCGGCGGGGUGGCAGGAGCGGGCCUCCUGUCCCAAAUUCACGCCACUUCCUGGGAUCCUACCCUCAGUACGGACUGGGACAACGAGAAGGCUUCUCAGCAGUGCAUCCUGAGGAUAAAGAGGGAUAUCAUGUCCAUCUACAAAGAACCUCCGCCAGGAAUGUUUGUUGUUCCUGAUCCUCAAGACAUGACCAAGAUCCAUGCCCUGAUCACAGGGCCGUUCGACACACCGUAUGAGGGCGGCUUCUUCCUCUUCCUGUUCCGCUGCCCCCCUGACUACCCCAUCCACCCACCACGGGUCAAGCUCAUCACCACAGGACACAACACUGUCCGCUUCAACCCCAACUUCUACCGCAAUGGCAAGGUCUGCCUCAGCAUCCUGGGGACAUGGACAGGUCCAGCAUGGAGCCCAGCUCAGAGUAUCUCCUCUGUUCUCAUCUCCAUCCAGUCUCUGAUGACAGAGAACCCCUAUCACAAUGAACCUGGCUUUGAACAGGAGCGUCAUCCGGGGGACAGUAAGAACUACAAUGAGUGUAUCAGGCAUGAAACCAUGAGGGUAGCUGUGUGUGACAUGCUGGAGGGCAAAGUCCCCUGCCCUGAGGCUCUGUGGAGUGUGAUGGAAAAGUCCUUCCUUGAGUACUAUGACUUCUACGAGGGAGUCUGCAAAGAGAGACUGCAUCUACAGGGACAGAACAUGCAGGACCCAUUUGGCGAGAAGCGUGGUCGUUUUGACUACCAGGGCCUGCUGGCUCGCCUCAGCGCCACUCACAGGCGAAUACGGGAGAAAAGCUUGGCGGAGGACGAGCACAAUGACGAUGAUUCAGACUCAGACACCAGCUCCUCUGGGACGGACCCCGACAGCCAGGGCAGCUCCCAGCCAUGACUCCCUGGAAGGUGCUGGACUCAAAGCCAGGCCGAGAACUAAAGAGAAAGGGAACCUUUUUUUGUUGUUUUGUUUGCAGUGGAGGAACAAAAUCACAGAAGAGAAUGCAUCACCCAUGUUUAAGGCUUUAGUGAGUCCGGGGUUCAAUAUUGGAAUCAAGCUUCUGGUGUACGAAUGUUGCUGAGAGAGAAGAAAUGGAAGUCUUCUACAGACAAUUAAAAAAACAAAACAAACAAAAGCACCAUGCAAGUCAAAUGCUGGCAAAUUUGGCCUGGAGUGGUGUAUUUAUGCUACUUUUGUGGCUAACCAGCUGUCAUUUUGAUGCUGUCAGGUUGAUUCUAAAAAUGAAGUUGGCUGCCCAAAUACCCGAUAAAUUUUCAGAUAAACCAGCUGUUGUUGCUUGUGGAUAUCAAAGUUAGUUGUAUGUGCUGUAGGAAUGAACAGAAAGCCCAAACAGAAAUCUAGCCAGGAUCAGAAUUCGAGGCAGGUUUGGGCCAAACGAAUGGACGUUGGGAAAAGUCUUGGCUGAAGCAACUGAGUUCAUCAUAGCAGGAAUUAGAGAGGGGAAGAAGGAAAGACGAACCUUUUUAACAAUAGAAGGUAGUUUGAGAAAGUGACUAUUUGGCGAGGCUUUGCGAGUCACGUGCCUUGUCUCCUCUGGCCAGGGUGAAGCUACGCCACAGCUCUUUCAGUCCGGACCUCAUCCGCCUCUGCUACCGGGCCACGUAAAACAUCAGCAGCUCGCAAUUCUCAAUACAGUGAUUCCUGUGUAUUAUACAAAAGUUUUGCUUAACUCUCAGUUCUAAUAGUGCUGUUGAAAUCUGUUUACCAGAUAAGAAGCCGUUAGAGAAUUGUCAGUUUCAUUGACAUCCACCUUUAUACUCUUUGUUAUGCUGCUUUUUCAUUGUCGUGCUGAAACAAAUGCUUAUUUACAGUUUUUAGGGUGCAUUGUUUAUAUGGAAACCCUGCUGUUUGGGUUGCUGGCUCUUAUGAUUAAUUUGUCAAGAUACAAACCAAAACCAUCCCGUGCUUUAGCUAGAUCCACCCAGGCUUCAGGGAACUACUGGAGUCAAGCACACAUAACUUUCUAUGUGUUCGCACUGUAAGUAACCAUUCUGUCUGAAUUAGGGCCGACCAAAGGCAUUGGUUUCAUCUGGUUAAACACAGUGCAAAUCAAGCACUUUCACUGCUUUGGCACUGGUCUCUACAUAAUUUGAGUUAUGACUUAAAUAUGGGAUUUCCUGACAAAAAGCUUCUUGAUGAAAAUAAACAGAUAAACCUUGUACUCAGCUAAUUCUUGUUUCUGUGAAUCUGAAAUCUCAUUAGCCAAAGUUUUUCAGUUUCAGUCCUUUCAGUGUGAACACACAGAGUUUAGGUUCUCUCAGAAGAGACAGGAGAGGAAACCCUCCAAAAGAAUAAGUUUUGGAUUUUUUCAGGUUCAUUUUAAUCCAGUCAUCUCACAUGCCUUGUGUGUGUUGAAAGUGUUAUUGACUGUUGUAAUCGUUUCACCUUGAAUUCCCUUUCCAGUCAGUUCUAAGAAAUGGGACAAAAUCUGCAGUCCUCGUUUCAGUCCAGCAGAAGUUUUUUUUUCCCCCAUGGACUGUAUAUAGAAGUAGUGUAGGGAUUACCAUUUUGAAGCCUCAGGUUUGGCAUCACUGGGGUCAUCAUCUUGUUAUCUCAUUGUUUGUUCCUCUAAAUGGUGGAAUCAGACGAAUUGCCCCUGCUUAUCAUUUAGAAAGAAUGCAAGUUUAUAGCACUGCUUUGGCUUCACUUGUCACACCCAGAAAGAUUCACCCAUAUUUUAUAGUUUAUGGUUCAUACUGGUAAUCACAUAUAGGUUUAUUGCUGUUCUUCCAAGAUUGAUUUGACUAACUCAGACUGUUGACGCUUCAUAGAGGCUUCAGGUUAACUUUACAAUGCAACUUUACAUUAAACAUUGGGAAUGGAUCUCUUCAAACCUAGUGAGGAGAGGCUGGAGUAACUAGUCAUAGUAACACUUCCAAUAUGUAUAAAGGAUAUGAGUAUUGCACUGAGAUGAAGAUAAAUAAUCUGAGUCUAUUCUUUAAAGAGUAGUUUUAUAUUUCUGGAAAUACACUUGUUCGAUGCUUAUGUACUGAGCACUUCCUGUCUGUACAGUAAAUGUGAAGCUACAGCCACCUGUUGUUUAGCUUAGCUUAGCAUAAAGACCGAAGACUCGGGGAAAUGUCUAUCCUCUCUCUGCCCAUAGGUAAUUAAAAAAAUCCACCCAGAAGCACCUUUAAAGCUCACUCAUUCAACUGUUAUCUUGUUUGUUUGAUCUAUACAAAUUGUGAAAAUGUCAGUUCCCCAAUUUUACAAGGGAUAAUGUGCCAAACAGUUGCCCAUUAUGUACACAUUCCACAUAAAAGAUGUAUAUGUCAGUGAGUAUUAGAGAUGUGGGCAGGGGAAUUUUAUUACCUUUUCACAGAGACAGGCUACAUGUUUCCCUCAUUUCCCAGUCGGUGUGCUAUGUGUACCAGAAAGGCAAUAAGAGUAUUUCCAAAAGUAUUGAACUUUCAGUCCAAAUACGGGUUCAUGAACUUCAGCAUACCACCCUUCUUCUAUUGUUUUCAAGAAGCUUUCCAACACGAUGAGAAAAGGUGUCAGACAAAUGACUUUUGUGCUUGUUGUAUUUCCUGUCUGCCUUCCAUUGUCCUCCAGCCUGCCUUUAGCUGUCUGCAGCCGUGUUAAUGGAGAGAGGAGCACUGGCAGUCUUUGUUCUGUCAAACCCUGGUCCUCUGCCAGGUGUUAAGUGGGAUCACUAAUAUAGGGCAUUCCUUUUAUUUGUUUUAUUAUGUUAUAGAAUGUUUAUAUGAGAAGCAGCUCCUAGCAGAAUAUAUGUCAUUGCCAAAAUGUUGAUUGCAACACACUUCCUGAAAUAGAAGUGAAGAAUCAUAUCCCUGUUUGGUUGUGCUGUGUUGUGCUUAAAGCAGGGUUCUUCUGUGGCUCUAUAAAGCCUGGAUUACUGACAGAAGUGAUUAUUUCCAGGUCUUGAAAAGUGUUGGUAUUGUACAGAUGUUCUGGAAAAGUACAGAAUAAAAUGUUGUUCAGUCCUGA